GUAAUGUUGUUUAGAUUUUAGAUACAUUGCAUUACGCCUUUUAAAAGAUUCCUACCGGAAAAGGAAAACCGUGUCGUAUCCUUGGUUGUGUUGGUCACCACCUUCAAACGUGCAAAAGAACUUGCUAAGAAACUACGCACGUUUAUGAAAUUGACAAAAGUAAAAAAUCAUGCUGAUGUAGUUAUUAUUUGUGUAACAUCACAAUGGGAAGCAAGGCAGCCUUUAGCUACCUCGGUUACCGAAACUAGAAAACAGGGAGAGUUACUAACGAACCUGCAAUUAUGAUAAUUAUAGUAUUACGUAGCAUAAUAACUUUCUCGCUUCUUCCUAGAAAUAUCUUCAGUCUUUGGUAGGAAGAUUCAUAGAAACUUCUUGUGGUUGCAUUUCUCUUCUGCAAUUCUUCUUAUUUAUAUUCUUGUUUUGCUUCGUCACAAAAAAUGAACCACUGUCUUGCUCAAUUUUCUCUUCUAAACUGUGCUUCAUCUUUGUGUGUGUGUUAAGCGUUUUGGAACUGAAGGAUGGGCCAAGCACUUGGUUGCUAUCAAGUUGAGGAGUCAAAUGUGGCUAUCAAGCAAUAUUUUGGAAAAUUUGAGGAAAUUCUGGAGCCUGGAUGCCAUUGCUUACCUUGGUGUCUUGGUUACCGGAUAGCUGGUGAACUAUCACUACGAGUCCAGCAACUCGAGGUUCGUUGCGAAACGAAAACCAAGGACCAUGCAUUUGUCACUGUGGUUGCGUCCGUGCAAUACCGAGCUCUGGCUGACAAAGCAUCUGAUGCCUUCUAUAGGCUUUCAAACACAAGGGGGCAGAUCCAAUCAUACGUUUUUGAUGUUAUUCGGGCCAGUGUGCCAAAAUUAGAGUUGGAUGCCGUGCUUGAACAAAAGAAUGAUAUAGCAAAGUCUGUUGAAGAGGAGCUUGAGAAGGCCAUGUCUACCUACGGAUAUCAGAUAGUCCAGACCCUGAUUGUGGAUAUCGAACCGGACACUAAUGUUAAGAGAGCCAUGAAUGAGAUCAAUGCAGCUGCUAGACUGAGGGUGGCUGCAAAUGAAAAAGGUGAAGCAGAAAAAAUUCUGCAAAUCAAGAAAGCUGAGGGAGAGGCAGAGUCCAAAUAUCUGUCGGGACUCGGUAUGGCUCGCCAACGCCGGGCCAUUGUGGACGGGUUGAGGGACGGCGUCCUUGCAUUCUCCGAAAAUGUGACUGGAACAAGGACCAAGGAUGUGAUGGAGAUGGUGCUGAUGACUCAGUACUUUGAUACUAUGAAGGAAAUCGGGGAAUCUUCAAGGUCCUCAACGGUGUUCAUACCUCAUGGCCCUGGUGCGGUGAAAGACAUUGCUACGCAGAUUCGAGACGGCCUCCUUCAGGGAAAUGCCUCCCAGAACUUAAUUCAAGAAUUGUAAAAGUGACCACAUAAAAUUUCUAUAUAAAAUUAGUCUAUUUAAGUUGUAAC